CUUUUGCGUGUGGAGCUGUGUGAUUAUGGACUCUCCGUUCAAGCCUGAUGUUCUUAAAGGGAAGGUUGCUCUCAUCACCGGCGGCGGAUCCGGCAUCGGUUUCGAGAUCUCCUCUCAGUUCGGCAAACAUGGAGCUUCCAUCGCCAUCAUGGGCCGCCGGAAACAAGUCCUCGACGCCGCCGUCUCUGAUCUCCGAUCUCUCGGAAUUCCGGCAAUUGGAUUGGAAGGUGAUGUUCGUAAGCCAGAGGAUGCGAGAAGAGUCGUGGAGUCGACUUAUCAGCAUUUCGGUAGGAUUGAUAUUCUCGUUAACGCCGCCGCUGGAAAUUUCCUCGCCGCGGCUGAGGAUUUGUCCUCCAACGGCUUCCGAACAGUUUUAGACAUUGAUGCAGUGGGAACAUUCAACAUGUGCCACGAAGCACUCAAGUACCUUAAGAAAGGAGGGCCUGGGAGAGACUCAUCAACCGGCGGCGGUUCGAUUCUCAACAUAAGUGCUACUUUGCACUACACAGCUUCUUGGUACCAAAUCCAUGUAUCUGCAGCCAAGGCUGCAGUCGACGCUACGACAAGGAACUUGGCAUUGGAGUGGGGAACUGAUUACGAGAUUAGAGUGAACGGGAUUGCACCAGGCCCUAUUAGAGGUACACCUGGAAUGAGUAAACUUGUACCUGAAGAGAUUGAAAGCCAAGCCCGAGAGCUCAUGCCUCUCUAUAAACUUGGAGAUAAGUGGGAUAUCGCCAUGGCUGCACUCUACCUCACCUGUGAUUCUGGGAAGUAUGUGAAUGGACUGACAAUGGCGGUAGAUAAUGGACUGUGGCUUAGCAAACCUCGCCAUUUGCCCAGAGAAGCAGUGAAGGAACUCUCUCGUGUGGUGGAGAAGAGGUCCAGGGGAAAGCCUUCCACCGGCGGCGUUGCUUCCUCCGCCGCAACUCGCGCACGCGCCUCCCUUUUGCCCAUUCCCUCUAAAUCUAUCUCCGCGCGUCCUCUCGGCUUCUCCGCCGUACUCGACUCCCGCAGUUUCUCCCUCCACGUCGCCUCCAAGGUUCAGUCGGUGCGCGGGAAAGGGAGCAGGGGAGUUGUUUCCAUGGCGAAGAAGAGCGUCGGCGAUCUGUCCUCCGCUGAUUUGAAGGGGAAGAAGGUCUUCGUGAGAGCUGAUCUCAAUGUACCUCUCGAUGACAACCAGACAAUCACUGACGACACCAGAAUCCGCGCCGCCAUUCCCACAAUCAAGUAUUUGAUCGACAAUGGCGCUAAAGUCAUCCUCUCCACUCAUCUGGGGAGGCCAAAGGGAGUCACACCAAAGUUCAGUUUAGCUCCUCUUGUCCCAAGGCUCUCCGAGCUUCUUGGUAUUGAGGUCAAGAAAGCUGACGAUUGUAUCGGCCCGGAAGUAGAAAGCUUGGUGGCUUCUCUUCCUGAAGGUGGUGUUCUGCUUCUUGAGAACGUCAGGUUUUACAAGGAGGAAGAGAAGAACGACCCUGAGUUCGCCAAGAAGCUCGCUUCUCUAGCUGAUCUCUAUGUCAAUGACGCUUUUGGAACUGCUCACAGAGCUCAUGCUUCUACCGAGGGAGUCACAAAGUUCUUGAAGCCCUCCGUUGCUGGUUUCCUUCUGCAAAAGGAGCUUGAUUACCUUGUGGGCGCUGUUUCAAACCCAAAGAGGCCAUUUGCAGCCAUCGUGGGUGGUUCCAAGGUCUCAUCCAAGAUUGGAGUUAUUGAAUCGCUUCUUGAGAAGUGUGAUAUCCUUCUUCUUGGUGGUGGAAUGAUCUUCACGUUCUACAAGGCACAAGGUCUUUCUGUUGGCUCGUCCCUUGUUGAAGAAGACAAACUUGAAUUGGCUACAUCUCUCCUUGCCAAAGCUAAGGCCAAAGGAGUCUCUCUCUUGUUGCCAACCGAUGUUGUGGUUGCUGACAAGUUCGCUCCUGAUGCCAACAGCAAGAUUGUGCCUGCAUCAGGCAUUGAGGACGGAUGGAUGGGAUUGGACAUUGGUCCAGACUCUAUAAAAACUUUCAACGAAGCUCUGGACACAACACAGACGGUCAUUUGGAAUGGACCUAUGGGAGUUUUCGAGAUGGAAAAGUUUGCAGCUGGAACAGAGGCGGUUGCGAAUAAACUAGCAGAGCUAAGUGAAAAAGGAGUGACAACGAUAAUAGGAGGAGGAGACUCAGUGGCUGCAGUGGAGAAAGUGGGAGUCGCAGGAGUGAUGAGUCACAUCUCCACUGGUGGUGGAGCCAGCUUGGAGCUCUUGGAAGGCAAAGUACUUCCCGGUGUGAUCGCACUUGAUGAAGCGAUCCCAGUCACCGUU